AUGUACACGUGGCAGGCGGAUUUGCUGAAGUUCUUAGGGUCAACCUAUACAAUAUCCUAUACUUCGCGCUGGAAUUGCAUGCUUGAGAAUCUAAUAGGUCUGCUUGUCGUCGCCAUUUUGUUGUAUUUAAUGGUUAAUGGUGUGCCGAUCAACAAAACACCGCAAAUCCACACAUGUCCCAGACCUUCUCAUUAUCACAAAUCAAUACAUAUCAUCAAAGGCAAUUUCGCUGGCGCAAAGAAACGAAGCAACGUCGUACACUGCGAAUACUUGUCUCGGCAAGGCUGGUGUCGUCGUACACUCCCAACAAUGAGAUUCCUGACCCGAAAUUGUAACCGCAACAAAUUCGCAAAUCUCAUCGGUGGUGGUAAUAUGGAGUUACCGAAAGACUUCGCACGUAAUGGCCGCUUCAUUGACAAACUAACAGCGCUCACUCCUGCGGAAUUCGUGCGCCUGGACAAAGAGCAACAGAUGCGUAGCUUGCAGACAACUCGUUGUAUUCGCUCACUGACGUCCAUUUUCAACAACGUUGUUCAUAAGCGUUUCGAUGAACCGCAGCGCCGUGGUGCCAAAAAAGAGUACUGCUCAUGCAUGCCCAGUACGCAGGUGCUGAUGCAAUUCCUCGACUCGGAGCGUGCGACGGAUAGUCUCAUCCAUGUACUCAAUGAUAUUAUCGAAGAUACCAACGCUGAGAAUCCGCUGCCAUUCAGCGGCGAGCUCACAGCGUUGGUGUGUGACAUAGGCAAUAAUCACAGGGAGCGCGGGAAUGCCUUUCUUGAUUAUCCCAAUUCAACGCCAUCGUCCACCACCACAACUGUCUCCGAAGUUGGGUAUGCCACGUGAAACAAUCCAAUCAAUAUGCGUUUAACUGUCGCCUUUAUCAAAUCUCAUGUAGCAAUAAAUUCAAUAAUUUAAAAUGAA